UGUGUGAGGGUGAGAAACAGGGAGUGAGGGGUUAGGUUGGACCAGGUGAUAGAGCCACAACAAACCUCCAAGGGGCUGAUCGUUAAGAUCAGUGUGCACAGGAUUCUUGCUCCGACCAUGGUGCCAGCACGCUGCCCCGGACCCCGUGCCAUGCUGGCAUUAGUUCUGCUCCUGGGAUGUGGCAUCGGUGUAUGCCGCGGCCAGAAUGAUACGGAGCCCAUUGUCCUGGAAGGGAAGUGUCUGGUGGUGUGCGACUCGAACCCGUCCUCUGAUGGAGGGGUCACUUCUUCGCUCGGGAUAUCCGUCAGGUCUGGCAGCGCCAAAGUGGCAUUCUCCGCCGUCAGAGCGACAAACCAUGAACCAUCUGAGAUGAGCAACACUUCAAUGACGAUCUACUUCGACCAGGCAUUAGUCAACAUCGGCAAUCAUUUCGACCUCAAAGGCAGCGUGUUCACGGCUCCAAGGAGAGGGAUUUACAGCUUUAGCUUUCAUGUGGUGAAGGUGUACAACAGACAAACUAUUCAGGUCAACCUGAUGCAAAACGAGUAUCCAGUCAUCUCUGCGUUUGCCGGGGAUCAGGAUGUUACACGAGAAGCGGCGAGUAACGGAGUUCUACUGAUGGUGGAGCGAGAGGACCGCCUGUAUCUCAAAUUGGAGCGGGGGAAUCUCAUGGGCGGAUGGAAGUACUCCACGUUUUCUGGCUUUUUGGUAUUUCCUCUAUAAUAACCUUGGCAAGGCGCACUGCACCGCGAGUGACUCCUCCGUGGGUGAGGAACCACGCAAAGGUCAGUUCCUCGAACAUAACUGUUACCCAAGCGGACAAAUAGCUUACACGUUUUAAAUAUCAUUCAAAGGACGAAUCUGUGGAGUUCAUAUUUUCAACCCCAUCGGCCAAUGCAAUCCGGUGGAUAAACGAAUCGAUCUGCCUUCGUGUGUGCUUUCCCCCCCAAGACGGGCUACUGGAUUUUAUUGCUUGGGAAAAUCAACUUUUGACAAAAGACAUGUAUGAGCGCUCGGACUAAAAGAGAAGAUAUAUACGCAGAAGAAUAACCCCCGAAACCACAUGUAUUUAAUAAUGCUUUAUUUUGUGUUUGUAUAGCCUUAAGAGAUCUGGCUUCAGUCAAAAGAGAUAUAUGGAGUGACGGACGUACAUGUGUGAAGAAGUCCUUUUCCGCCCAAAGCAUUUUUGCACGAAUGGGAGAUUAUGAUUUUUUUGUGCUGUCCAUGGUGUUUCGUUUGGAUGCUGAACAUAUUGAAAAUAUGCCAAAUGUAGGCCGCCUACUAUAUUACGAGAAAAGUCAUAUAACAGCCAAUGGAGACAUUUUAAAAAGAAACUUUUACUUAACAUUUGCCUAAUUUAUAUUAAAAAAUACAUAUUCACAUUAUGGUGUGUUCUACAUUCCGGAUCGUAGCUUUGACUGAUUUAGUGUUCAGUGACGUUGCUCACAAAUGUAUAUUGUGAAAUAACAGGAGAAAAAAACCCUAUAUGUCCCGCCUAAUAAAAAAUAUUGUAUUGUA